AUGGAUAAGCUCAAGUUGAAGCGAGCCACAAGGAGGGCCCAAAACACCAGGAUCAUUCAUGAGGCAAGUGCGCUGCUAGAAAACAAUGCCGUGACAUUGCGACAGAUCGACUGUAUUUACGAGCGGCUCAAGAACAAUAACGAUGAAUUGAAGAAGAUUAAUGAUGAAUUAGAAAGCCACAUAAGUGAAGAGGCAUUCGAGGCGGAUUACGCAACCGUAAUUGAGUAUGAGGACAACGCGACCCGCAUCUUAGCAGAGCUCCAGAGCAAACGCCGCCAGCAGUCCGAAACCACUUCAUUGUCAUCGCCAGUCGGUGUUCGCGACAUGCCGGUGGCCACAGGGCAUUCUGAAAGGCCAGGAGUCAAGUUGCCGAAGCUGGAAAUUAAUGCUUUCGACGGUGACCUGUGCAAGUGGAACGCGUUCUGGGAGCAAUUCGACCAGAUCAUCAACCAGAACGGAACGCUUACAGCUACCGACAAAUUCAACUACCUGAGGUUAUUUUUGAAAGGAGACGCGGCGACAGCUAUAGCGGGGCUGCCUACCACCGAAGCGUGUUACGUUGACGCCUUGGACAUGCUAAAAAGACGUUUCGGGGACAAAAAGCGAUUGGAGCAGGAGUAUUUCUCAAGGCUUCGAAGGCUCACUCCUGUGCGUUUUUCUAAUGAAGUAACGAAACUUCGCAAGUUGUACGACCAGGUGCUCAUUAACACGCGGGGACUGGAGGUGCUUGGCGUGAGCAAGUCGUCUUUCUCGUCGAUGCUAUGCGACGUUCUGCUCAGGGCACUGCCACAUGACAUUGUCGUAGCGUAUCACAGAUCUUGCGCUACACAAGCUGCAAGUUCCGCCAAUGUCAACAUUCAGCAAGCAACGGAGCUAGAGCGUCUGCUGCAGUUCGUCUGUAUUGAACUGGAAAGCCUUGAAAAGAGUGACUUUGGGGAGCAAAAAGUAUAUGACGAGGCGACUCAUCCAAGAGACAAUAAGAACCGCCAGUUUGACAGGAGCACCGAGCACAUGUCGUCAAAGCCAGUCAACUCACCACGCCAACCGUCUGCAGAAGAUAAGCAGUUGUUGAUUCGGCUGGAGUUGCUCCAGAGGGAAGUCGACAAGCUGACAGCCACAGUGGAGAACCUGUCCAAGCAGCAUGAUCGCUUGCUUGUGGAGAGGGACAGCCAGGCUCGCCAGAUUGCCCUGCUCACUGAAAAACUCAAGGAAAAGGAUAAAGAUACACAGACUGCCCACUUAACAUGCCGAACUACAGAAGCGCACAUUGACAAGCUGCAAGACAACCUAAACAGCCAGGAGAGUGAUGUCGUGAGGCUCACAUGUCGAGUGAGAGAGUUGGAAACAGAAGCUGCAUCAGGAGCCGAGUCCCAUUCCCACCUCCUGCAAGAAAACCAGAGGCUUCAUGAGAACUUUACACUUGUGGCGAAAGAGCACAAGAACAUGGCAUCUGACUUGGAGAAUGCUGUACAACAGAAGAAAGACUUUGAACUUGAAAUCCAGGAGUAUGUGAUUAAAGUGGCCAAAAUAGAAGAGCUCCUGCGUACAACGGAUCGAGAGAGGGAAGAUAUUUUGGACCAGUACCGGUCCCUUAUCUCGGCCGACGCUGAUCUGCUGACUCAGGCUGAGCAGAGGCAGAAAGAACAAGACAGCAGUGAUGCUACACUGAAUAGCCUGCGUCAGCAGCUUGCACGACACAUGAGUGUGACGACAGAGCAGGAGCAGAAGCUGGCUUCACUGGGAGCAACUAUGGCAGCCUUGCAAGAGUCCCUGCUGCACAGCGCUGCCGAGGGAAGUCGGCUGAAAGAGGAACUUCAGAAGAGCUCAGACAUGCGCGCAAGGCUCGUCGAGCAAGUGGAAUCGCUUCAAGACCAGCUCGCCAAAGAACAAACUGUCAACAAUCAUAUUUCUGGGCACUUGAGGCGCCUGACGGAAAACUUUUGGAAACGAUGGACCAAAGAGGACCAGUCGGGAGACGGCUAUCGAUGCUGCCAGCUUCGCAGGUGGACACAGUACCGGUUCCAGUGCGAACUUUCGCCCAAGCUGCAGAAGCUUGUUGUCCUCUUCUGGAAUAAAAUAUUCCAGGAGCCGUACCUUCUCUGGAAGGUGCCUUCUUGA